AUGGGGCAAUUCAAAAAUCUACCUACCGAGGUCAUCCAGGCAGUCAUCGACAACGUCCUCUCAGCCAUGGAGUUCGAAGAAGCACUCCUACUAAGAGCGACCUGCAAAAUCUUCGACCAAACAAUCCUUUACCGCCUCUACAGGAACGGCCCCCCAUUUGUACCACCAUCCGUGGAAGUCAACCAGCUAAAAUGUGUAAAGCCCCCAAAAGACAAAUGGAUUCGCACGCGUCCCUUCAUCUCCGCCAGACUAAUGGCCGGCUUUCUGUUUUCUCAAUUUGAGAAAAACAAGGAUACGGAAAAUUCCAUCAUGAACGUGAUCAAGCGCGCCGUCGACCAUCUUGAGGAUGGCGGUGUCUCACUCAAUCCAGAGGCUCGACGAAUCCGGAUCUACGCCCUUUGCGAAGCUCUGGCGCGGAGCUGUCAAGCUGAGAAAUGCAUUAGUCUGGCAACGGUCCGGCGGGUUCCAUGCAUGGAUCAUGAAUAUGCGCUUCUGGAGUAUGCACAACUCAUCGUGGCCGUAGUCACGAAUGACUAUUCUUUCGUCGAAGACUGGUUAGACGACCAAAGCCUAGCGACUAUCUCCAAUAUCGAAGGCAUCUUCGGCAGUCCACUCACAGCAGCAAUAGCCGCCGGCCAACUAGGAAUGGCAAAAUUACUCCUCAAUCACGGCGCAAACGUGAACCACCAAGCCGAAACAAGUCUAACACCGCUGCACAUGGCGUGUUCAAGCGGCAAUCUCGCCGCGGUAAAACUUCUAUUCUCAGCAUCCUACAAUCUCCGAAUCUCAGGAACAUCCUACGAACACGGCGUCCGCAUGGCCAUAAAAUUCCACUACUGGGCCAUCGCCCAAUACCUCCUCGCCAACAGCGACAUACCCUACUCCAACCGCUCUACGCUGCGCUACUCCAUCUUCCACGAGGCCGCCAUCGUCGGGGAUUGUUCGGUCCUGCUUGAAAUGCUAGAUACGGGUGUAAACCCAAACACGAAUUGUCACUCGUACAAGGAACCAUUCGGGAACCAGACUGCGUUGGGUUGCGCGGCGAUCAUGGGACAUGAAGAUGCCGUGAGACUUCUCAUUGAUAGGAAUUGGGAUGUUGAUCACUAUGGCUUCGGUAACGCGUUAGUAGGAGCGGCUCAACAUGGUCAACUAGCCGUUGUAGAAAUUCUGCUGGAUGCAGGAGUAGAUAUAAACUACGUGGCCUUGGGAAAUCAAUGGAACGCGUACUCGGCGACACCACUCAGCGCUUCUCUACGCGCGCUUCGCUUCGAUACGACUUACUAUUUGCUGGGUCGAGGCGCGGAUGUAAAUGCUGGGGGAAAGGGGGCUUCGUCACUUCUGUUGGCGUGUAAGAGGGGAAAUGUACCGAUUGUGCGAAUGUUGAUUGAACGUGGUGUUGAUCCUAAUGGUUAUGCUUCUGAGAGAAGUAAACGGUCUGUGCCUUUGCUUACGGCGUUAAAGAGAGGGCAUACACGGGUGGCUGAAGUGCUAAUUGAACUAGGUGCGAGGGAUAUCAAUCCGUAUAUUUAUGAGAAUGAUUGA